ACUGUACUUUUUAAAAAACAUAACUGUGAGAGGACAUUUGCAGCAGCAGGAAUAGCCUGGCCAUCGUGAUGUACUGUGUAGACCAGCUGAAUGCUUUGAGGAAGAGACUGUUGUGUUGUGCUGUGCUCCAGUUCUGGAACAGUAGAGAGCUGUGGAGAUUCCUGUGUUUCCACACAUGUCCUACUGAUGUGAAAUAGGAGAAAGAGCCACGGACGAGGUUCUUUGUUGGCAUUCCUUCUCUGUCAGCUGCAAGGGUACUCUGAUAAGCUGCGCAUUGCUGGAGGCUGGCGUCGCUACAGGUGAAUGAGUCGUAAAUUAGUGGCCUUGUCAAUUGGAAUGCCUGCUCAAAUACCGAGGAGACCAGAGAUAAUGAGUGAAGAUCAGUUAAUGAAAGAAGUCUUGGAUAAGUUUGUCAACUGUCAUGAGCAAACCUAUGAAGAAUUUCUGAGCACUUUUACUCAUCUUUCAAAAGAGGAUAAUGUAGCCAAAGGGGGAGCACAUGGAAUGAAUUUAUCAGAAAAUACACUUACUGCUGAGAAAUGGAAUCACAAAAUUGAAUCGAAUGGUCAUCAUUUUAGAAAUAGAACCAUCUUUCUUCACGAUUCCUCCGAAUGCUCAGAAGAGGACCAGAUAGUGAUCGAUGAAGGCCAGAAAGUUGGCAGUUCCUUUCAAGGUGAUAUGACCCGGGCAGGAAAGGUGAAGGUAGACAACUUCCUAGACUUAGAAGAUGUGGACACGGAGGAAGAGAGUAAGCCCCAGAUGAACAAGGAUUGGAUGGCACUUCCAGGUGAGGUGGAACAGGGUAUAAGCAUCAGUGCUCCUGCUUAUGUUCCUGCUGUGGGCCUGCCACUCACCUCUGAGGGGAAGCCAACGCCCGCUGUGGGAAGAACUCAGACGCAAACUGAAGAGAACUUGAAUUCAAUAUUCUUUUGGAGCAAGCUGAAUGAUUUUGAGCACACGCCCCGCCGAGGAUGAGUGCACAUGAACUCCCUGCCUGGUCCAGCUCUCCUGUCAGGUGUGUUUCUGCUCCACAGAUGGCCUACGUUCAUCUUGAUGGUGAAGUGGCAUCAAAAGAAAGGCACCCUAGAAACCUAUCUCACCAAAGCAGCGUCUCUGUACCACAGAGAUGAAAGUCGUAGAUAACAGGGGCAUUCCCAGCACUCACUCCCUUGUGGGUAGCUGACAGUUAACACAGGUGGGCGUAGGACACUACCCAUCCUUUGAAGGUUGUCUGUUGGGGGGGGAUGCUGCCUCUCUGGGAUUAGUCCUGUGCCAUGGGCCUCAGAGCUGCUUCUGAGAAGUGACCAGGUGGUGGAUACCUGCCUUGCUUUUCAGAACUUCACACACGGCUGUCAAACUCCCACUGUGGUUCAAAGGCAGCCAGGCAAGGUGGCUGGCCUUUGCGGUACGUGGCCAUUUGAGGGGCCACCUUGAUUCUUGUUCUGCUCAGAUUGCUGAGCAGCUGGAUUGUUUGUCUACCUCCUCCCCGGAGCCGGGAGGGAGGGAGGCUGGAGAGAGCAGAGCUAAAGUGCAUAAGAGAGAAGCAAGUAUUAAAUGAGUCUGCCAUUCACCAAGCAAACAUCAUUUUGUUUAAAUUACACUGUGCUAUUUUAUCUUGACCUGCAACCAAAUGGAACUCAUUGCAAUACAUUAUCCAAUACGAGAUAGUUGGCUCAUUAAUAAAGCCCUAGGAAGGAGACGGGGUAAACAAUAAAAACUCACACAUUAGCACCAUCAUGCACCAUAAUAUUUUUCCUUCUUUUCAUCAAAAUUCUUCACAUAAUUAGAUCUCAAGUAAGUCAGCAAAGAAAUCCUCAGCAUUUUCUAUUUGGACUCUUUUCUUUUGAGAAAAUUAGUUAUUUUUUCGUACUAUUAAGAAGCAAUCAUGGACAGACCUGGCUUGCUGGAAGUUUUCCUUAUGGAGAGUAAAUGUUUGUUGGAUGCUAAUGGCAUGGCAGGUCUUGUCACUCAGGCAGUUAGCCAAGCAAUGACAGAAAUCUCAGUGAAGGGAAAUAAACUUUUUAGGUAGAAAGGAAAAGCCCCAUUAAGGAUGUUACAGUUAGGCUGAGAUCUCUAAUGUUCAUGGGCAAGCCAAUAGAUUAGAUACCCUAGAUUGGGAACAAGCUUGAUGGGCAAGGGAACACCGGGAAGAUCUGUAUAGCUAUGGGAAGGAUAAAAUGUAGUGUGAAAUAAGAUUGGCCAUGGCAAGGUGUUGUCCUCAUUGUGGUUAGAGACUUUCUGUUUGAAGAGAUCAACUCUAUUUGAUGGGGUUGAGAUGGAGUCCAGGCAGACACUUAGAGCCAGCAUUGCAGUAAUCCUGGUGGUGGAGGAGUGACUUGUGUGUUAUAAUGCAGGUAGAAAGAAGUGGAUGACUCAGGACUUGUUCUGGGGAGACAGCUGAUAAAGACAUAGAGUUUGGCUAUGAGGAGAGAAAGUAGACAAGAGAAGUUGAGGCUGAGUUAGGCUCAGGUUGAUGUGUAGUAGACUUCUCUCCUAACCUCCAAGGUGAAACUUGAGAUAAUGAAAAACAUUUAACCAAUUGUCUGAAUAGCAUCAGUGCCUGGUAUAGACAUAGAAGUUGGCCAUGAAGUGUCUAGAAUUGAUAGAACAAUGCUUUGCAUAAUAGUCCUCAGUGGAAUCCACAUCCUGUGUGGUUGGUUCUGUGUGAACUAUUUGUAAUGAACAAUUCACGAAUGAAAUCCACAAGAGAAGUUCAAAACUGUUGAAUAAGCACUUGGAAAUCUGUGUAACAAUUUGAAAUUGCUGUAAUAUGCAAAUAGUGUUUUAUUUUCCUGAUCAUUCUCUUUUACUCAAUAAAAUGUCAAUCUGAGAUGGAUCA